AUGACAGAAGAACUUAACAAGUUUACAGAAACAGAGCACAGUGAUAGUGAAUAUGAAUUUAGAAAUUAUAGAAAUACAUUCAUGUACCUAAUGCAGUUGUCAGAAGAGGAAAUAAAAACAGAAAAAUCAAAUAUGACUUCAAUAACGGAGUUUGUUCUUUUGGGGUUUUCUGAUAUUCCCAAUAGCCAAUGGAUUCUUUUCGGGAUAUUUUUGGUCAUCUAUCUGACUAUCCUGAUGUGCAAUAGCAUCAUAAUUAUGAUAACAAGAAUUGACCCCGUCCUCCAGACACCCAUGUAUUUUUUUCUUAACAAUUUUUCCUUUUUAGAAAUCUGUUAUGUAACAGUCACUAUCCCAAGAAUGCUCAUGGAUCUUUUGACCCAGAAAGGAAACAUUUCUUUGGUUGCUUGUGCCACACAAAUGUGCUUUGUUCUUAUGUUUGGAGGCUCAGAGUGUCUCCUCUUGACAGCGAUGGCCUAUGACCGCUACGUGGCUAUUUGUAACCCUCUGCACUACCCGCUGGUCAUGAACUACAAAAUCUGUGUCCAGCUGGCCAUUGCCUCCUGGGUCAGUGGAGUUCCAGUUGUAAUUGGGCAAACAUGUCAGAUUUUUUCUCUGCCCUUUUGUGGGUCUAACAGGAUUAAUCAUUUCUUCUGUGACAUCCCCCCAGUUCUCAAGCUUGCUUGUGGGGACACAUUUCUGAAUGAAAUUGCAAUCUAUCUAGCUUCACUGGUGUUUGUCAUGGUUCCAUUUCUAUUGAUCAUUGUCUCCUAUGGAAAAAUUAUUGCCAACAUUCUCAAAAUAUCAUCAGCCAGCGGGAGGAAGAAAGCCUUCUCCACCUGUUCUUCUCACCUGAUAGUUGUGAUCUUAUUCUAUGGAACAGCUACUAUCACGUAUUUACAACCAAAACCAAAUCAAUCUGAAGGGACUGGGAAAGUGAUCUCUCUUUUCUACACCGUUUUCAUCCCAACACUGAAUCCCAUUAUAUAUACUCUGAGGAACAAAGACAUCAUGAUGGCACUGAGAAAACUAGUAAGUAAGUUAUUACAAUGA